AUGAGCGGAAGUGGAAGAACAGCAGCUCGGAGCAGAGUCAGAUCCUCUUCUGAACCCGACGCCAAUUCCCUCCGCGAAGGACGGCCAAAGUUUAACCGCCAGAGAGGCCGAAGCAAAUACGGUAGCUCCAUUCCGUUAUUCAACAAUGUCAGCCUCAAAUUGGUUCUCGCAAUCAGCUUCUUCGCAUUCUUCAUCAUCUUGUUUUUCAUCCGGCAUCUCGUCAAUUCCGUUGCAGAACCUCGUUUGCCUCGUGCCGUCACGCCAUUUCCCGCGCCAAAGAUCAUGGACCUUCCUCAGUUUCAAGGUGAGCACAAGGAGAGCUUGUAUUGGGGGACCUAUCGUCCCCAUCUCUAUCUUGGAAUUCGUGCCAGGAGUCCACAAUCUUUGAUGGCUGGAUUAAUGUGGAUUGGUGUGAAAGAUGGCAGAUAUCACCUGAGGCAUGUUUGCAGACAUGAGGAUGACUUAAGUACUUAUGGUUGGAAAAAACAUAAUGGGCGUGAUUAUGGGCAUCAAGUAUUGGUUGACCAUGGUAUGAUCUUGACUACUGAGUUUUUAAAAUCAAAGAGCGAUGACAGUGGUUAUGGAGGGGACUGGGCAGUUCGAAUUGAUCUGCAAAUUGAUAAGUCUAAGUGGAAUGAGGAAUUUGGGAAAGGUGGCCAGCUCUUUUUCUAUUUGGCUGAUGAAGGUGGUAAUGUUCUAGAUGUAAGUCAAGAAAAUUUCAACAUUCGCGAGAAUUCUUUACUUGCAUCUGGAUCUCAAACAGACAUUGGAGAUUGGCAGCUACAUUUGAAGUCAACGGAUGAUCUGAAACUUCAUUACUCUGGAUUUCGCACACCUCACUAUCACAAUUUGUCUGAUCUUGUUGAGGAAAAUCUUGCAUCACAGAUAAGAAAGCAUGCUCAACUGCAGCUAUCUGACUCAUCAGAUGAUUCUUCUAAUGUGUUAGUUUUUCAGAUUGUUGGUGGCUUUCCUUUCACUACAGAUUUUGUACUUAUCUCUGGAACUGAUUCUGUAAGUUCAAGAGUAGAAGAGCGCGUCAACAGUCUUACAGGAACCUCACUGUCUAAUGAGCUGAAAUAUAAAGAACAAGCAUUUGAUGAAAAGAUUGAGAAAAUUUUCAAUUUGGCUGAGAAGGUAGACUCAGAAUCUAUUUCCGUUGGUAAGGCUGCCGUUGGAAGCUUAUUAGGUGGCAUCGGCUACUUCUAUGGCCAGUCAAAAAUCGCUCUGUCAAGAACCCUUAAUUUUAGGAAACAUGUUGAUUAUGUAUCAUAUUGGCCUGCUGAGCUUUACACAGCGGUACCAAGUCGGUCUUUCUUUCCAAGAGGAUUUUUAUGGGAUGAAGGUUUUCAUCAACUUCUAAUCUGGCGUUGGGAUAUUCAUAUUUCAUUGGAUAUCAUUGGACACUGGUUAGAUUUGAUGAACAUUGAUGGAUGGAUACCACGAGAACAAAUUCUGGGGAAUGAAGCAAUAAGUAGGGUCCCAGAGGAAUUUGUUCCUCAGCAUCCAACAAAUGGAAACCCUCCAACUAUGUUUUUAGCAUUAAAUGACAUAAUUACUGGCUUGAAGAAUAACGAGUUCACUGGGAAGGAUAGAGAUGAGAUCUCUAUGUUCCUAGAGCGCGCCUAUGUUCGAUUGGAAGCAUGGUUUCAAUGGUUCAACACGACACAAUCAGGCAAACAAAUGAGCAGCUACUAUUGGCAUGGACGAGACAACAUAACAAUGCGUGAAUUAAAUCCCAAGUCGCUGUCCUCUGGAUUGGAUGAUUAUCCACGUGCUUCACACCCAAGUACAGAUGAACGCCACUUGGACCUUAGAUGCUGGAUGUUACUUGCAGCAGAUUGUAUGCAUUCCAUUGAGAAGUUGUUGGAUAAAGAAACCAAGUCUGGCAAGAAUUAUGGCUCUACUGCUAACUUACUAUCAGAUCACGAGUUACUGAACCAGAUGCAUUUUGAUAAUGCAUAUGGUGCUUACUUUGAUUUUGGAAAUCAUACAGAAAAGGUUCAACUUAAAUGGAAAGAAAUGGAGACAGGACAGAAUUAUGCUCCUCGUCAACUUGUCCGGGAUGUUUUGGAGAGACCUGUUUUAAGAUUUGUUCCUCACAUUGGUUAUGUUAGUCUAUUCCCAUUUAUGGGGAGAAUCAUUCCAUCCGGAUCAUGGAUUUUGGAAAAGCAGCUUGAACUCAUUUCAAACAACAGCCUUUUAUGGACUGACUAUGGACUACGCUCUCUUGCCAAAACAAGUUCCAUGUACAUGAAACGCAACACAGAGCACGAUCCUCCAUAUUGGAGAGGUCCCAUUUGGAUAAAUAUGAAUUACAGAAUUCUUUCAGCGCUCCACCAUUAUUCCAAAGAUAAUGGACCCUAUCAGGACAAAGCCAAAGCUAUCUACACAGAAUUGAGAAGCAAUUUAAUUAGAAAUAUAGUCCGCAAUUAUCAACAGACUGGAUUUUUUUGGGAGCAGUACGAUCAGAUUAAAGGCAAGGGAAAAGGAGCACAUCCAUUCACAGGUUGGACUUCUCUAGUAGUAUUAAUUAUGGCAGAAUCAUAUGGCACAAUUUAG